AUGCCCAGCAUCCAAGAUAGCAUCAAUCAGAUCAAAGAGCAGAUACGAGACCAUGAUUACGCGCGCCAAUCACACGAACAAACGCAGCGCGAGCACGAGCGCAUUCUGGACGAAUAUGACCGUAUGACGCGCCACCGUUCAACACGCAUGCGCGACGAGAGAGAGGGCAACAGGCACCAUCGCAGCGAGAGACGCCGAUCCAGAUCGCCGCCGUCUUUGCGCUUCCGAUUCAAGGAUGGCAAAAGUGGUGGUAGUGAAAGACGCAAGAGCAAGCAUUCAUCACACAGACACAGACACAGGCACACUUCUAGACACGAACGUGAGCAUGACGAAGCCGACAUACAGGGUUAUACCGCUCAUCCCUUCUCGCGACCGCGCACUUCUGAGUACUUGGAUCCGUCCAUCUCAGCUUCUCCUCAACCCGAGCCCAAUGCUGCUCACUCCGUAGACCCAGAUCUUGCCUUUCGAGAAUCGCUGUUCGAUGCCAUGGCAGAUGACGAAGGUGCCGCUUACUGGGAAGGUGUCUAUGGAGAGUCUAUCCACUCAUACCCUCGACCUUCUGUCAAAGAUGAUCAAGGACAUCUCGAGCAAAUGACCGACGACCAAUACGUUGAAUACGUCAAAGCCAAGAUGUGGGAAAAGAAGAACCCCGAGUUGCUCAGGGAACGACAAGCGCGUGCUGAACGUGAAGAGGAGGCUCAAAACGCUAGAUCGAGGAAGAGGAGACAUGAUAGCGAGGAUGAGGAAUACGAGGAAGACUUUGAAUGGGUUGGCAAUGAAGAGAAGGGCUAUGAGAAGAGAUCUACACGCACACGUCGUCAAAAGCCAGACACUCGAGAUGCGCCACGCGAUAAGAGCUUCAUGUCUGAUGUCGACGCUGCUCUUGCUCGAGGUGCCAAACGGAAAGAAGCAAAGAAAUGGCAACAAGCCUGGCUGUCUUAUCAACAAAGAUGGCAAGACCUCAAAACCAAUUCUGCACAACUUCAAGGCGAAGAACUACUCAGAGCAAUUCCUUGGCCCGUUCAAAGUCUGGCUGCCAAAGAUGUUGCCAAACAGAAUGUUGAAGAUUUCUUCUCCAAUGCUCCUCUGGACUCUGAAGAUGUUCGAGUCAAGACUCUGAAAGAUGAGAGUGUCAAUUGGCAUCCUGACAGAUUCCAACGCCGCUUUGGUGGAAGCAACGUCGAUGAGGAUACCCUCAAACUUGCUACAAGCGUCUUCCAGACUAUAUACGAAAUGUGGGAGCGUACUAGGCCAGCCAAAUAA